AUGCGGGCUACAGGAAGAAGACACCGUCUUAGAUCUCAAGGAGUGAGUACGGUGGAGCUGGGAAGCGAAGGCACGUGGAAGAGUGAGAUGAGAGGGUGGAAGAUCAUAGAGGAUGAAGCCGCCACUUGCAAGGGUCAGCGUGAUGUCGAUCCAGAAGGCAGGGUUGGGCCGUCCAGCUUAUAUCGCCUGCAUUCUGAAGAACUGGCCAACAACAAGAUCACAAAGGAGAACGGGGAAGGCAAAGUAAGCGCCUCUCCAAGUGUAGCCCAGCCCGGGGAAGAUACUCUGGAGCGAGGACUUGAGGGGACAGUUCCAGCUCACCUAGAGCACCUGCCGGUGUCAACAGCACUCACAGAAGCCAGUGGAAAGCAUGCUUUUUCACCAAGGAAGAAACCUCCCUCUCUCAAGCAAGUAAACACGGCAAGGAAGCAUUUGAGGCCAAAGACUACUCCUUCCAUGCUUCAGAGAAUGUCUUCCCAGCCUGCCCCCUCCAGUCCAGGCUUCUUCUUCUUCACAGAAAAACCCCACGCCUCAGGGGACCUGGCCACCGGUACCCUGGAGAGCAAACAUGGAAUAGCCGAGCAGCCCUCCUGGUUGGGCCGGAAAGGUGGUGGUGGCCCCACCACCCCAGCCCCCCUGGAGAUCUCCCCCUAUACCUCACUGCCACUCCUGGAACACACCCUGCUUCAGAGUCCAGAUGAGGCUGAAGCAUCUAUUCCCACAGCUCAGGAGGCUCCAUUAGAGGAUGGAACCAGUCCCAUUCCUGCGAAGGAGAAGAUGGUGGAGAAUGAGCUAACCAGCUCAGCCUCAGAGGAGAGCCAAGAGACAACCACUUCGACCAUCAUUACAACCACAGUCAUCACCACAGAGCAGGCGCCAGCUCUCUGCAGCGUCACCUUCUCUGAUCCUGAAGGCUACAUAGAUUCCAACGACUAUGCCCCACUGCCCCUGCACAGCUUCCUGGAGUGCACCUACAAUGUGACUGUCUACACUGGCUACGGGGUGGAGCUCCAGGUGAAGAGUGUGAACCUGUCUGAAGGAGAGCUGCUCUCCAUCCGAGGAGUAGAUGGCCCCAACCUAAUGGUCUUAGCCAACCAGACCCUUUUGGUGGAGGGACAAGUGAUCCGAAGUCCAACCAAUACUAUUUCAGUCUACUUCCGAACAUUCCAAGAUGAUGGAAUUGGGACCUUCCAACUUCACUACCAGGCCUUCAUGCUGAGUUGCAGCUUCCCCCGGAGGCCCGCUUUUGGAGAUGUCACAGUGAUGGACCUGCAUUCUGGCGGGCUUGCUCAUUUCCACUGCUAUCUGGGAUAUGAACUGCAAGGUGCCAAGACACUGACUUGCAUCAAUGCCUCCAAACCUCACUGGAGUAGCCAGGAGCCCAUCUGCUCAGCCGCCUUCCCUCCCCCCCCUUACUCUUCUAUUGUCCCCCGGAAGCCCAGCCCAGCCCCUGGCUCUGGUGGCCUCCCCGAGAAGCUGGGGGAGGGCGCGGGAGGCCAGCCGGAAGCUGGGACCCCGCCUUCACACGUAGCCCGAGCUCCGGGCACGGCGUGUUCAGCCGCCUCUGCCGUCCAAAGAAACGGAUUCGAAAGAUCCGGCUCUGGUAAAACCGCCCCUGGUGCCGGGGUGCGCGACAGGCAGCCAGGAAACGCCUUUUGA